AUGUACGGGGACUCCAUCGUUGCGCUGGUCGCCUUCGCACUCUUCGCCAACGCCGCGCCUCUGGAUGCUCGUGCUGACCCAGUUUCCACACUUUACCCAAGCUACACCAGUCAAUACAACUACAAAACAGGCGCUGUCACCUAUAAAGUGCCGCAAGGUCUAGUCAGCCGUGCCACCAACAACGGUGGUGCCGACAUCAGCACUCUCGUCACCUUCGAACUCGACCAAAAAUAUGCACCCAACGAUUGCCAACUUGUUUUUGACCUCAUGAAUUCAAGCUCAAGCGUUGGCGGCUCGAAAAAAGCUCAACUCUAUACCGCCCUCGCCCCUGCUUAUACCAGUGCCGACUCCUGGCCAUCCGGCAACCUCCGUGACCAACAUCUCGGCUCCAUCAAUGUCGUUAAAGACGGUCGUGCUACCUGGGAAGCGGGAUCUGGCCCUCUUGCUCCCGAAGAUGGGUAUUUUGAUUGUGCCGACAUUGCUGGGCUGAUUUAUGGUGGCGAGAUUGUUCCCCAGGGUGAUGCGGUGGAGAUCAAAUGGCCUGCUAAGUUUGAUGGUCCUAAAAUCCUUGUCUGGUAG